UUUUUGGUUUCAGCCUAGAAUGCUGAACUGAAGGAACUUUCACGUCUUACUCCGUCCCGCUCUCGGCCAGCCCCUGGAGACUUCCUGGCUGCAAAGCUGCUCCCGUUGGUGCAGCCGGAGCCUGCGCGAGAAGCACGGCUGGGAUGGAGGGUCCGAGCACGGGCGAUUGCGGAGCUGACCCCUCGGUCGCCGCAAGUGAGCGCCUAGACCCGGACCGGCCGUGUCACCUCCGUGAGGAAGAUGUUGCUCUGGGAUCAGAAAGAGUAAGAGAAGAUGAGAAACAAACGGUGAUAAAAAGUAGCAGUGAGUGUAAUCCCCUGCUCGAAGAACCCAUUGCUUCUCAGUUUGGUGGUACUGCAGCGACAGAAUGCCAUAAGUCUGUCCCCUGUGGUUGGAAAAGAGUUGUGAAGCAAAGGUCAUCUGGGAAAACAGCAGGAAGAUUUGAUGUAUAUUUUGUCAGCCCUCAAGGACUGAAGUUCAGAUCUAAAAGUUCACUUGCUAAUUAUCUUCACAAAAAUGGAGAAACUUCUCUUAAGCCAGAAGAUUUUGAUUUUACUGUACUUUGUAAAAGGGAUAUCAAAUCAAGAUGUAAAGAUUGUAGCAUAUCACCUCUCACGUCCCAAGUGCAAAAGGAAAGUAACAAUUCAAACUGGAACCUCAGGACACGAAGGGGGCGAAAAAACGAUGUGUUUCCUAUGCCACAUGGUAGUUCAGAAUUGCAAGAUGGCAGAGGACUAUCUAAUCUUACUGCCAUUCAUUUGUCUUUGAAAGAAGAUGAGGGUGUUAAUGCUGUUGACUCCAGAAAGGUUAGAAAGUCGAAAGGAAAGAUGACUAUUUUGAAAGGAAUUCAAAUUAAGAAAACUAAAAAACGGUGUUCGAAGAGUCUUUCAGAUUCUGUUCAAAAUAAUAGAAAAAGAGAAUCUGUGUGUAGUGAAGCAGAUGUUGAAGGUGAGCCUGUUGCACAAGAGAGUCAGCUUGGUAGAACUCUGUAUAUUUCUGAUGUCAAAGCAAGUGACGAGACCCUCGUUGUGACCAAUGAAGAAAAGAGACUUGUAAAAGAGAAAUCAUUGCAAUCUGAAUCAAAUGUUCAUUUUGAAAAACUAACUUCUGGCAGCAUAAACAAAUUGUGUUUGACCAAAGAAGCAGAACACAACAAGAAAUGUGAGAAUACCUUUUUAGACUGUGAGGAAAUCAAAACCGAAGUAGAAGUUGGAGAGAGGAAGAAACAUUUGCAUACUGACGUUUUAAAAUGUGGCUCUGAGAUGGACAACAGCUGCUUACAAGCCGAGAAAAACUUUACUUCUGUGAAAAAAUUUCAAGAAGACACACCUGUUCCACGAACACAAAUAGAAAAAAGGAAAACAAGCCUGUAUUUUUCCAGCAAAUAUAACAAAGAAGCUCUUAGCCCCCCAAGACGAAAAGCUUUUAAGAAGUGGACACCUCCUCGGUCACCUUUUAAUCUCGUUCAGGAAACACUUUUUCAUGAUCCAUGGAAACUCCUCAUCGCGACUAUAUUUCUCAAUCGGACCUCAGGCAAAAUGGCAAUACCUGUGCUUUGGGAGUUUCUGGAGAAGUACCCUUCAGCUGAGGUGGCAAGAACCGCAGACUGGAGAGAUGUGUCAGAACUGCUUAAACCUCUUGGUCUCUACGAUCUUCGAGCAAAGACCAUUGUCAAGUUCUCAGAUGAAUAUCUGACAAAGCAGUGGAAGUAUCCGAUUGAGCUUCAUGGGAUUGGUAAAUACGGCAACGACUCUUACCGAAUUUUUUGCAUCAAUGAAUGGAAGCAGGUACACCCUGAAGACCAUAAAUUAAAUAAAUAUCAUGACUGGCUUUGGGAAAAUCAUGAAAAAUUAAGUCUGUUUUAAAAUUCAAGUUUGCAAAAAUGUUUAUAGCAUUGCUAUUUAACCUGGAUUCUGAAGAGCUCCACUAAAGCCCAGCCAGCUACCUCUGCUGGCACAGAUUUUAGUCAGUCCAGUAGAAGCCAGUGUGUGUCCUCUUAGUGUGCGUGCCACCUGUGAGUCUUUGUUACUGAAUGGACUAUACCUUGUUUUGGGAAUUUUUUUUUUUAAAUAAAUUAUUAUUUGACAGCAAUCCUAAAAAUGUAUAUAACUUUUCCAAUAUUGAAAUGUGAUGUGAAGGUGAAAAAACUUUCCUAAGCUAUCAAUAAUACAAAGCAAAUUCUAUCAACCCUGCUAGAGGAACGAUUAGGCUUUCUGUUCUCUUUCUGUAGAAAAUAAUAUUAUACAAUAAGUAUAUGAAGAAGCAAUCAGAGUUUGCAGCCAAACUUGUAAGAUAAAAAGUAUUACAGGGUGUUUUAGGCAGUUAAUAAAAAUAUUUAAAAAAAAAAAAAAAAAACCAA